CGACUACCAUUUCUUUUCUCUCCUCAGCUGCCGCUCUCACCAACUCCCCACACAAACAGACACUUGCUUUUUCUUCCGGAGUCCUUCAUUUUCCUCCUAAUUUCUUUGUCGGCUUCCCUCACAGUUCCCGAUGCCCGUCGAGUACGAGGGAUGACAACCGCCUCGGUAACCGCGGCCGUGUUGAUCGCGGUGAGGCCCGCGGAGGCGGAGUGCUCCGACCGGGGGGGCGGCGACCGGCCGGGGGGGGAGGGGGAGGCGGCGGCCUCGGAGCCGCCGAGAGACUCCGUCGUGGCCAUCGAUAUCCCGGGUGUCGGUGUAGAUGUAGAUGGGGCCAGUGAUGGGAAGAGUGAGGUGGAGAAGGUGUGCAGGAUCUGCCAUUUGAGCUCUGGCGUUGGAGGACUGGAGGUGCCGAACUUGAUCCAGCUCGGGUGCGCGUGCAAGGGGGAGCUCGGCGGCGCGCACCGCCGAUGCGCCGAGGCUUGGUUUCGGGUGAAGGGUAACAGAUAUUGCGAAAUUUGUGGCGCAAAUGUGAAAAAUGUAAAUGGGGAUGAAGACGGUAAUUUCAUGGAAUCAUGGAACGAGGGGAGGAUGUUGGGCAGGAGCCAUAGAAGCUCAACUGAGAUGAACAGUUGCUGGAGAAGUCAACCAUUUUGUAAUUUCUUGAUGGCUUGCUUGGUGGUGGCAUUUAUUCUUCCAUGGUUUUUCCACAUAAAUCUAUUCUGAAUUUGCUCUACCCACACUAUUGAUUGAUCAAAGGAGAUGUCGAGAUCUCUCCCAGCCGGUUAAAGGUUUUCUGGCCGGUGACAAGCAAAAAAAUGGUCGUCAAGCAUGUUUAUUUAUCGUAUGCAAUGUGGUCUACGUUGUUGUUAGUCCCUAAGCAUUUAAAGAUGAUUUCUUCUAAGUUGAAGAUGUUUCCUAAAGCUUCAUUCUGUGUCUUAUUGAAUAUUGGAACAUUUCCCCAA